AUGUGGAUGUACUUUAUUCUUAUUUUACUACUGUUGCUUACAAUUCAUUUCUUGUUAAAUUAUAACUACAGAGCUAGAUUACUUAGAAGAAUUCCGGGACCAAGAGGUUAUUUCAUCGUUGGAAAUGCCUUGGAUGUUAUUUUGUCACCAGCUGAAUUAUUCGCAUCGACAAGAAAAAAUGCAGCCCAAUGGCCGAAUUUAAAUAGAUUUUGGUCUUUUGGUAUAGGAGCCUUAAAUAUAUACGGACCCGAUGAAAUUGAGGCUAUUAUUUCAAGCACACAACAUAUUACAAAGAGUCCUGUGUACAACUUUUUGAGUGAUUGGCUACGAGACGGAUUACUUUUGAGUACAGGUACGAAAUGGCAAAAACGAAGAAAAAUACUGACACCAGCUUUUCAUUUCAACAUUUUGAAGCAGUUCUGUGUCAUUCUGGAAGAAAAUAGUCAGCGUUUUACUGAGAAUCUAAAGGACACUGAGGGCAAAAGUAUUAAUGUUGUUCCUGCUAUCUCGGAGUACACACUUCAUUCAAUUUGCGAAACUGCAAUGAGAACCCAACUUGGUAGCGAAACGUCUGAAGCAGGAAGAUCAUAUAAGAAUGCUAUAUGUGAGCUCGGAAACCAAUUCGUGCACAGACUAGCUAGAUUACCUCUCCACAACAACUUCAUUUACAACUUGUACACACUGGGAAAGCAAAAUAAACACUUAAACAUAGUUCAUAGCUUCACUAAAAAAGUAAUAAAAGAUCGCCGUCAAUACAUAAGAGGGAACGGAGGUAAUAAUUUUGACGAUGAAAAAGACACACAAGCUGACGAACAUUCCAUUUAUUUUAACAAGAAAAAAACAGCUAUGUUGGAUCUCCUGCUAAAGGCAGAACGAGAUGGAUUAAUUGACGAAAUUGGCGUUCAAGAAGAAAUCGACACAUUCAUGUUUGAAGGUCACGACACUACUGCUACCGGAUUAACUUAUUGCAUUAUGUUGAUAGCAAACCACAAAUCAAUUCAAGAUAAAAUAAUUGAAGAAUUGGAUGAAAUUUUCGGUGAAUCAACGAGAGCCGCUGACAUAGAAGAUCUAUCUAAAAUGCGCUAUUUAGAAAGGUGCAUCAAAGAAUCUUUACGAUUAUAUCCACCGGUACCAUCAAUGGGCCGUAUUUUAAGCGAAGAAAUCAACCUCAAUGGUUACACCGUACCAGCCGGGACCUACUGUCAUAUUCAAAUAUUUGACUUACACCGCCGCGAGGAUUUGUUCAAAGAUCCUCUUGUGUUUGACCCGGACCGUUUCUUACCACAUAACACCGAAGGCCGACACCCUUACGCUUACAUACCUUUUAGCGCUGGACCCAGAAAUUGCAUAGGUCAGAAAUUUGCCAUACUCGAGAUGAAGUCUCUUCUGUCUGCUGUAUUGCGUCGUUACAAUCUGUAUCCAAUAACCAAACCGGAAGAUCUUAAAUUUGUUCUAGAUCUAGUUUUAAGGACAACGGAACCGGUUCACGUUAGAUUUGUGAAGAGAAAUAAAGUAUAG